AUGGCGUUGCCGAAAAGAAUCAUCAAGGAGACUGAGCGCCUGAUGGCGGAGCCGGUUCCCGGCAUCAACGCUGUUCCGCAUGAAGACAACUUGCGCUACUUCGAUGUCUCAAUCCACGGACCUGCACAAUCGCCAUACGAAGGUGGCAUUUUCCGUCUCGAACUAUUCUUGCCCGAGGACUACCCCAUGACUCCCCCUAAGAUACGCUUCUUGACGAAGAUUUACCACCCCAAUAUUGACCGGCUGGGACGGAUUUGCUUGGAUGUGCUGAAGAACAACUGGUCCCCCGCUCUACAGAUCCGCACGAUCCUUCUCUCGAUCCAGGCCCUGCUGGGUGCCCCGAACCCUGAUGACCCGCUCGCCAAUGACGUUGCCCAACGCUGGAAGGAGGAUGAGCCCGCCGCCAUCCAAACCGCGAAAGAAUGGACUAGAACCCACGCCAUGACUUAG